UGUGUUGUGACUUGUGUAUAUAAUAGACUCUAGACUGUAGUUGUACAAGUCUACAUUGAAGAUUGAUCGUUGAAUCAGAUUAAUAAAUGAAGCGAUCUUACGUAUUGUGCUCAAUUUGCGCAACAGUCAAUAAUUGAAUCCAAGUUAAUAUUCCACUUAUCAAUGUAACAUUCCUAGAAGCAUAAGUGUAUUAUAUUGUCAUGUAAAAUUAUUUUAGUUUACAGUUAGAUUAAAAUUGAAAGAAAAAAAAUAGUGGUACACAUUUUUAAGAAGAAUGACAAAAUUUCUGUAACAACUUGAUUUGUAUUGUUGUUUAAAUUGAGUUACAAUGUCGGCUACUUAUAACGAUUACUAUGAUGGAAGCAAAUUAUUCUUGUUUUUAUCUAAUAGACUCGGACUACCAAUUGAUCUGGUUAAUUUUUUCAUUUCACAAAUAGCUGCAUUAUGUGUGGCCAGAUUUUUUCGAAAACCAUUAAAGCUAGCCUCGCCAGAAUUUAGACAUUCAUUGUGCCUUGUUAUAGGGUUGCUUAUGGGAUAUUUCUGCUUUGGAAAACAAGCAGUUCAUUUAUCGGUCCUCCCUAUGCUGAGUUAUACAUUGCUGAAGACUGUGCCACAGCAUCAAUUAGGAAAUGUCAUUUUGGCUGCCUCAAUGAUAUAUUUAUCAUGUCUUCAUUUGCAUCGUCAAAUUUACCACACAGCCAACUACAAUUUAGAUAUUACAGGUCCUUUAAUGGUCAUAACACAGAGGGUUACGUCACUAGCGUAUUCGUUACAAGAUAAUUUGAAGAGAAAGGAAAUAAAUGCGAACUCUACAAAACAUUCUGAGAAUGACGUGUGCAGAGUUGAAAAGAUUCCUUCACCGCUCGAAUAUUUUGCUUACACUUUAGCAUUCCAAACUUUGAUGUGUGGACCAGUUGUGUUUUAUCCAGAUUAUAUAAGCUUCAUUGAAGGAGAUAGAGUUAACGGAAAAGACAAAGAGAAAUCAUUUGAAAAGGAGCCAUCCCCUCGACUUGCUGUUUUAUACAAGGUUGCUGGCUCUGUGGCUGCCGCUCUCCUUUACUUGUCUCUGGCAGAGAAAUACCCGUUGAAUGUACUCGAAGAAUUAAAAGAUCCCACAUCUGAGGUAUCUAGAUCGUGGUCCGCGUUAUAUCUCUUGUGGUACGCGUAUCUGUCAACCCUCGUAGUGAGAUGCAAGUACUACCACGCGUGGUUAUUAUCUGAAGCCAUCUGUAACAAUUCCGGAAUGGGCUUCAAUGGCUACGACAACAACGGUUCCCCAAAAUGGGAUAAAAUGUCUAAUAUAGACGUUUUCGGAUUCGAGUUCGCGCAAAACUUCCGCGUGGCGGUGUCGAGUUGGAACAAAAACACGAACGCGUGGCUGCGGGUGGCGGCGUACGAGCGCGGCGGCGCGGCGUGGCGCACGACGCGCGUGUACGCACUGUCCGCGCUGUGGCACGGCUUCCACCCCGGGUACUACCUCACCUUCUUCGCGGGCGGACUCUUCACCGUCGCCGCUAAGAAGAUCCGCGCGUUCGCUCGUCCGAUGUUUUUAGAGAGUCGUCCCAAAAAACUCUUGUAUGAUGCUUUAACAUUUGUAACUACCAGAGUUGCUAUGACGUACGCGACCGUCCCGUUCGUGUUGUUACACCUUUCACCAAGCCUCGCAUUUUAUGGGAAAUUUUACUACUCCCUGCAUUUUAUUGCUUUAGGAGCAAUGUUUUUACCAGCUAAAUCUAAGUCGUAUGGACCAUCUCAAAACUCGGAUAUGUCAAUCACUUCUACCUUUGCAAAAGACAACAAAGGAGAGGCGAAUGGAAAACUCAAAAUACCUUAACAUAAAUAAACCAGGAUGUUUUUAUUUGAUUUACUAUAGACUCAAAUGAAAUUUUUUUAUACCAUUUGUAUGAUAACAUUGAAGAUAUUUUUAUAUAACACACUGAGCAUUUAUGUAUGAGCACAAAACAAACAAAUAUUUAAAAUUAUUUUUCUACAGAAUACCUACCUAUUUACAAUGUUAAUAUUAUUCUAUAAACUUAGUUUUAAUUUAGAAAUAGUAAGACAUUAAAAAAAUAUUAUUUUUUUAACACUAUAAUUAUAUUUUUAUGUUACAGAAUUAAACAACAUAUAAAAGUACAUGUAUGUGGUAGAAUAUUACUAACAUAUUUUUAAUUUAUCUCAUGUUAUUAUAAGUUUAUAAUAUAUAAUGUGGUUAAUUAUUUUUAAGCAUUAAUUUGUUAUGUUUAAUAACUUACCAAUGCACACUCAUUAGAUGUAUGUAUAUUUGAUCCUUUUAAGACUAAAAUGUCCCAUUUACAUAAAAAUUAACAAACUGUGCAUUGUCUGCCAUUAAGUGCAAUGUUUUAAAAAUAUUCUUAAAAAAACAAAUCUGAAAUAAGUUUUUUAUCUAUUAUAAAUAUAAGCAUUUAAAAUUUAUGAUUACAUUACAGUAUUAUUUUUAAGUUAUUAAUAUUUUUUCAUAAGUAAAAAUAAUUUAUGAAUAUGUAUCAAUCACACUCCAGCUGAAAAGAUUAUUUAGUCAAAAAAUAUAGUUUUAUAAGUAGGAACAAUAAACAAAUUUGUCAUGAGUAAAUCAACUCUUCAAACAAAUAAGCUUUCAAAAAUAAUCUAGGCCCCAAUAAAUGUUAUCAACAAUGUAUAUUUGAUAAGUUAGUCAGGUGAAAUUCAUUAAUAUUUUUUUUACCUAAUAUAUAUAUUCUUGUAAUUUAUUUGAAAAUGAAAUUACAAAAUUAUCCAAACAAUAAUGUUAAAAUAUUAAAAUUAAGCAAUUAGUUAAUUUAGUUUUUUUUUUUCAUUUGUAAGGUUUGUUAUGAGUAUAAAAUUCUAGCUAUGUCCAGCGGUUUUAUCUACGUUAAAUUUUUAUUAUACAUGGAAUAUUAAAAAAUUCUUAAACAAAUACAAUGUUUAAUAAUCAAAGCCUGGGGAAAUUUCCAAUAAUCCUGAAAAUAUUUUUACUGAUAACAUGAUAUAUAUUCUACUUAUUUUCCUAUGAUAGCAGUAAAACAGUAGACAAAACCGAUUUGGAUACAGGGGCAAUUCCAUAAUAAUAAAUAGCAUUUUUAAAUUAAUAGCAUUUGUAAUUUUUACCUGUUUAUAAGAUUACUUUGGACAAAUAGACAAAAAUAUUGUUUUUUGUAUAGAUUAAAAAUAAUAUCUAAAUCUCUAAACAUUAUAAUGACGAUAUUGUGGUGAUAUGUUACUAUAUUCAAAUGAAACAAAGUAUUUAUGCUGUUUUGGCAGCUUUGAAGUUCCUAUAAUACAAUAAAAUCAUACAUAAAAAUUCAUGUACAAUAAUUAUAAUUACAAUUUAUUAAAAUUUAAAACUAUUAUCAUUACACCAAGACUAUGGGUAAUAAAGUUCUUACUUUAAUAUAAAAAUUUCUUAUCACAUGAUGUUUAAUUAAAAAAAUGUUUGGAUAAUUACUGCUAUUAAUAUAUCAGGUGAAAUUAAUUAAUGUUUUUAGCUAUUUUAAGAAUCUAAAUUUACAAUAUAU